AUGUCGUGGGUGGUGGUGAGAUGGCCUGGAGUGUGGGUUGUCUAUCGCGGCCUUAUCGGCUCUCAAGAGGGCCUGGUUGUGCCUCCGCGGUCUGAGGUUCAGAGUGUGUGUCGUGGUCUGUGGGAGCGGGUAACAGCCGGUUCCUGUGUAAAACAUGCAUACAUUUACAAUGCAACAUUAUAACGUUAUAACAUUUGAACAAAUUGUUAAUGCCUUGAGCAGAGGUAUCAAAAAAAAAAAAGGAAGGGGGGGUCAGAGGGAGCAGUGGUCUGAGCUGGUGCUCUCUAUCACAUGUAGGAAUUGUCCCGUAGGUCCACGGUUUAUCCAAAGAGCGGUCGUGUACGUCUAUACCUAGUCUGCGGUUCGGCGUCCGGUCAACUGGUUAGGGGUCGGUCUGCCUUUGAUCAGGGUGUGUGUGAGGCCUGGGAGCAGGUGGGGCAGUGUUGUGUGUGGUUGCUGCCGGCUAGUCGUGCUUGAUGUGGGCAUGCGCUGUGCAUGUGAUGGUGGUGCUUGUCCCUUGUCCGUGAGUCAUGUGUGUGGAGCGUCCCUGGCUCCUUGCCCCGUCUGGCAUGUGUAGGGCUAGUGGGGCCAUGGUAUCGGUCAUGUGCCUGUUGUCGGGAGGUCGGGGAUGGGGGGGUCAGCGGUUGCUGCCGGUGUAUGGUCUCCGUCAGUCAGAGUGCGGGGUGCAGGUCAUGCCGGAGGGGCGGGUUUGUCGGUCCCCCGUCGCCCCGUCAUUCCCGUCACCCCCCCCUCCCCCCCGGAACCCCCCCCCCAUCCCAACUUCUGGGUCCCUGCCCGCCCCGUUGGAGGUUGUCUGUGGGCGAUAAGCGCUUCACAGGAUGUUUAGGGGAUCGUGUGUAUGCUGCCCCCUUUAAACCAUACUUGCGGUGUACGGCCCAAUGUCCAAGGCAUAGAGUCUCAUGGUGAUGGGGUCCUGUGGUGGUAGGUGCCCGGGAGGGGGGUGCCGGAGAGGAGAGUCUUGUCAGGUGCCUUCUCCCGUUCAUGUCAAUCGGCGUGUCGGGGGGAUUGUCUCUGUGCAUGUUCCUCGGUGCUGGAAACUUUGGUGUAGCCUGUGAUGGUGUGGCCUUGAGGAUAUGUUCCUGUGGUGCCGCUGGGAGUCCGGGCGAUGUCGGGUGUGCUCUGGGGCUGGAGCCGGGGGUAGGCUCGGCGUUGGGGUGUUGUCGCCGAGCUCGCCGGGGCCUGUCCAUGCUGGUGCGUCUUCCGCCCUUUGGUUGUGGUCAGGGUCGUUCUGUGCUGUCUGAGUGGUCUAAGUGGUGCUGGUUUCCCCGGAUCCGGAUUGAGCGCCUUCUGUGCAGCGAUGCAACUGUAUAAUAUGUCUGUGCUUGUCGCUGGCUGUUGGUGGGUCCGGCGGGGCAUAGGGGAGCCGGUGAGACAAGGCAAGCUGGGGUGAGAGUGGGGUGUAGGGGACGCGGGGUCGGAUAGAUGUGUCAGCGCCACCGUCCCCCCAACCCUCAGGUUCUCCUAACGUGUUGCGCCUGGAUUCUGCAGUGCCGUGUUGCGAUGGGGACGGUCACCGGUCCUGGCGGGCGGGUUAUUGCUCGGUGGUUGUCGUGCUGAGGAUUCGGCGUUGGAGUGAGGUGUUUCUGGGAUUUGCGGUAAGUUCAGCUGGGUCAGAAGCGCAGGGAUUUCUUCCGGUCUUGUGAGGGAGUGGAACCUGCCAUCUUUGCGUAUAAUUAUUUUGAAAGGGUGACCCCACGCGUAGCGGAGGCCGUGGCUGCUUAGGUGUUGUGUGAGUGGGCGUAGUUCUCUUCGGCGUUUCAAGGUGGUGGGAGCCAGGUCUUGAUAUAGUUGUACUGGCGCUCCCUCUACCUCGAUGGGGGUAUCCCUGGCUGCGCGCAUUAUGCGCUCCUUGAUGUGAUAGAAGUGGAGGCGCACCACUAUGUCCCUGGGUACGGCAGCGUUGGUGCUUGGGGCUCUGAGGGCUCGGUGUGCCCGGUCCAUCAGUAGGUCAGCUGUUGUAGCCUCCGGUAGGAGGUGUUGAAAUGCCUCCGUGAGGGUGUCAGUGAGUAGGUCGGGCGACACCGAUUCAGGGACGCCCCUGACCCUGAUAUUGUUCCUACGUGUUCUAUUAUUUAGGUCUUCGUUGGUGUCUUCGAGGGAGCGUAAUUGAUCUCUCAGGUGCAGUAUUUCACUGCCAUGGGCCUGCACGAUCUCCUCUGUGUCCGCCAUUUUGGCCUCUGCGGCCUGUGCACGGGCUGACAGGUCUGCCAUACCUUCUAGUAUGGGGCAAAGACGUUUGUCCAGUUCUUCGGCCACAGAUUGUUUGAAGUCAGCCAGGAAGCCCUGCAUGUCCCUCCUCGUCAGCGGUGCCUCCGUCCUCUCCGAGGGUGCCUGGCUGCUCAUUUCGGAGUCUGAGUCCGACGGGAGGGGCUCCAAAGAUGGCGCCCGCUGUUGUUCAGGCUUCUGCCUGAAGAUCGGUGCAACGGAGGAGUUGCGGGCUUUCUUCCCUCCGCCCAUGGGGAGGGUGAGUGUGGGUAUAGGGGGGGGGGGAACGUGGGGUGUUUUCGGGGCUCAGGUGCUGCUGAUAGCGGUGGUUUCAGGCUAGGCCGCGGCGGAGCUCAGAGUUUAUGCGGCCAUUCACUCGCGGGGUUAGGCUCCGCCUCUCCUGACCAUAUAGUGUUAAAAACACUAUUUAGCCCCCUGACCACCCUCUUACCCCCAUUAAAUAAAUUGAAUAUUUAACUUUUAUUCUAGCUCUGCCUCCUUGGCUAACAUCAACAGAAUUGAUGAGCUCACCCGAAGUGCUUUACUAUAGGAGAGCAUUGGAUUGGCUGCGAUUGUCAAUUCUGAUAAUCUCAGCCAGGAAGGUGGUGGAGCCAAAUAACUCAAUGGCAAAUCAGCAUCCUGAAUCAAUGCAUCUCUAUGGGGAAAGGUGAAUCAAUGCAUCUCUAUGGGGAAAGUUCUUCAUGCACAGCGUGGAGACGCUGAACGUCCGACACUGACCCAGGAAGCAUCUCUAGUGGCCGUCUAAGUGACUGCCAAUAGAGGUGUCCCUAGGCAUUAAUGUAAAAACUACCUUUUCUCUGAAAGUAUUGGUCACAUGACAGAGUUCCACUCAAUUAUUGCUGCAGAAGCACCUUAAGUGGAAGACAGCUACCAGAGGUGUGUUUAACCCUGCAAUGUAAACAUUGCAGUUUUUUCAAACUGUAGGGCCACUUUAGGCUAAAACUACAGGGCCACUUUGAGAUGAUGUGGUCCUUUUAAUUGCAUGUUUUCCAGGUGAGAUUUAUAUGCCAAUCUUGUGUUCAGAUCUAAAUAUUAAUGAAGCACGACACCUGUGGUUGCACUGAGGAGUAUUCACAUUUAAUGAUUGAGUAGAAAUUUCCAUUUGUAGGUUUUGUAUUAAAUGAACGCUAUAAACCAAACAGGGAAGUUUAAAGAUAUUAGUGACAACCAGGCUAGGUGGCAUAAAAUACACCUUUGCCAUAAAUAGUAUCUGGUCCACCCUCAACUGUUUCUUGUACAUCUUCGGAAUCUUUACAUAAAAUGUAUCUGCUUUUUUUUUUGUUUCUUUUCUUCAAAUUAAGAUAUCACACCAGCCACAUUUGAAACACCAUCUGGAGUCCCAGGUACACCGUCCUUAAUUGCUAAACGUGGAUUAGGCGAUGAAGGUGAGAUAUUCUUAAUGUUUUAAUAGAUCUAACGUUUCAUUUUAUCCACAUUUCCAUUUACAGGAUUGUAUGUCCUGACACAGGAACACUAUAGUCACCAAAACAACUUUAGAUUAAUGAGGCAGUUUUGGUGUAUAGAACAUGCCCCAUGCGGCCUCACUGCUCAAUUCUCUGGCAUUUAGGAGUUAAAUCAAUUUGUUUAUGAACCCUAGUCACACCUUCCUGUAUGUGACUUGCACAGCCUUCCUAAACACUUCCUGUAAAUAGUCAUCUAAAGUUUAUCCUUUCUUCAUUGCAAGUUCUGUUUAAUUUAGAUUUUAUUAUCCCCUGUUAUGCUAAUAGCUUGCUAGACCCUGCACGAGCCUCCUGUAUGUGAUUUAAAGUUCAAUUUACAGAGCAAGAGAAAAAAAAUUUACGGUAAAUUACAUCUAAAUGAAAGUGAAACCAGUUUUUUUUUUUUUUUUUCAUGCAGGCUGUGUCAAUCAUAGCCAGGGGAGGUUUGGCAAGGGCUGCAUAAACAGAAACAAAGUGAUUUAACUCCUAAAUGGCGGUGAAUUGAGCAGUGAAACUUGAGAGGCAUGAUCUAUAUACACUAAAACUGUUUAAUUAAGCUAAAGUUGUUUAGGUGACAAUAGUGUUCCUUUAAUUAUAUAAUUUUGUAUGUAAUGCACAGCUUAGUAGAGAUGAGUACGGUACUUGCUGCAGUGCAUUAUACUUCUGUCCAAAUAGGUAAACAUUUGAAGAUAGUGUGUUUUUGUUUUUAGUAAAAUAUAGGUUUACCUUUGUAAAUGUUGUGUAAAGUGAAUAAGGCUUGGAUUGUGAGCACUGUAAAAUAUUCCUAUACAUUAAUUCCAUUCCUCCUUGUGAGAUUGCUUUGAGAACCCUGUUAAGACAAAGCAGAAAAUAUAGCUACAUUUAGGACAGAACAGUUGUUUGCUGCUAUAUCUCCCCAUCUCUUUCUCAAAAUAGCAAAUCAACAUGUAUUCUAGUUAUUUGUAUAAUAUUUUGUAAUUUGUCCAGUUGUAAAAAGUGUAGUGAACCAAAAAAACAAAUAGAAAUAGAGGGACAAAAAAAAUGAAUCAUGUAAAAGCAAAAUCUGCUUUUAAUCUCAGUGACUAAGCUGCCUUAAAAUAUCUUUAUCUUUAAAUAUAUUCAAAGGUUUGUAAUGAUCUAUAUUGGCCACUACUCUUAUGCUGAUCAGUUUGUUUUUUUGUUGUUGAACUAGUUAGUGAGAAAACAGAUGAAGAUGGAGACGAGCUCCCUGGCCUGGACAACUUUCUGGCAAAACACACAAGUGAGGAUAAUGCUUCAUUUGAACAGAUCAUGGAGGUGGCAAAGGAGAAGGAGCGAAGUCGAAAUGCAUGGCUUUAUGAAGCUGAGGAGGAAUACAAAAAGGUAUCUAAAGUGAUCUGGAAAUUCUGAACUUCCCCAGGCAAGGGAAUUAAUGUAACUCUCCAAGCACCAUAACCACUGCAGCUUAUUAUUGUGGUUUUGGUGUCACGAGUUCUCUAGUGUCAAUUUUCCCCUUCCUUGUAAAUAGUCAAACCAUAUUUGAAAUUGCUGAAAAACAAACAAGUGAAUAUAAAUGCGCUUAUAAUAAAAGGCCUCUAAUGAAAUUUAUAGGACGCGACAAAGUUUUUGUAAAAGAGCAGCACUCUAAACAGUGUUACAGCUCAAAAAAACACACAAUAAAUACAAGAAAUCUAUAUAGGUGCGCUGUGUCUUUAAGACAAAAAGUUAUUUUAAAGUGCAGCAAGUGAUUUAAUGUGCAAUUUGCAUUAUAGUGUAUAAUAUUUCAUAACACAUAUAUUGUGCACAUAUAUGCAAAACUGUGAUUAAAAUACACAAAACACUCCCUCUAAAAUUCUUAUGCUGGUUAUCUCCAUGUAUCUAUCUAUGUAUAUGUGUGUGUGUGUGUGUGUGUGUGUGUGUAUAUAUAUAUAUAUAUAUAUCUCUAUCUCUCUUCCUUUCCUUUCCUUCCCUUUUCCCCUUCCCCCUCCCUCCCUCCCUCCCCAAAUAUCACUCCCCAAAUAUCACUCCCUCCUGGGGUAGAAAAUAACAGACAGUCGAUCCUCUUCACAGAUUUAUUGCACAAAAUACCAUAUGGCAGCUUUGUCCAGAACCUCCCCCCCCUUGCAUUGCAACAGUUCAGGUUUCAAAAGUAUAAAACUGGCUUCUUUCUCUAAGGGUAAAUAUUCAAAUGCAGACAAUGUAUUAGAUUUAAAAGUUUGUAUUUAAUAUUUAUUAAAGCAUAUUAGCUGAGUGGUCAGCUGAUGCUCUCAGCCAAAAAAAAAGUCCUGCGUUGUAGAUCAGGAUAGCUAACGGAGGUUCCCUCUUUCCAGCAUUAGUAGUGGAAGUGAAGAGCAGCACCUGUCGAUCCACAGAUAAGAUGUCAAACCAUUUUCAAAUAUGAGAAAAUGGCACCUUGCUUGUGACCUACACAGCUUUCCAAAACACAUCAUGUAAAGAGAUAUCUAAUGUUUUUACUUCUUUUAUAUCGCAUUCUGUUUCAUUUAGAAUAGUUUUUUCUUUUGAAUUGUUAAAAGCCUUCUAGAUGCUGCAUGAGCCUCCUGUGCGUGAUUAAAGUUCAAUUUACAGAGCAGGAGAUAAAAACUUCUUAUCAAGUUAACAUCUGGGUAAAAAUGAAACAAUUUUUUUUAAUUUUAUUUCAUGCUGCUGUGCCUGUCACAGCCAGUGGAUAUUUGGCUAUGGCUGCAUGGAUUGAAACAAACGUGAUCUAAUUCUUAAAUGGUAGAGAAUAGAGCAGUGGUCUACACACUAAAACUGCUUUAUUAGGAUAAAGUUGUUUUGAUACCUUUAGUGUCUCUUUAAUACAAAUAUAAUAAUAAUUACUUUUCAGUAAUUCUGCUUCUUUUGUUAGCGGCAACAAGAGAACUUGGCACUACCGUCCAUGGAGAAACAGGCCAUUGAGUGUGGAAAGGCUGGCCUGGAUACUUGGGAAUACAAGACCCACAAUUCUUUGAUGUAUUAUCCUGCAGGUAUUUUCACAUAACUGUCUAUGAUUUUACAUGCUGUUUAUUUAUAAACAAACAAGUGCAUUUGUAAAAUAUUUAGACCCUUUUAAUGUUACAGCCUUGAGGUUUAAUUGUGUAAAUGCUUUUUUUUUAAAAAAAUUUAAUUUAUUUUUUUUGCAUCAAUUUACAAUCAAUACCUUAUAAUGAUAAAGCAAAAAAAAUAUUUUAUACACACACACGUCCCAGCACUCAAUGCUCCCGGUCUUUUAAUGCUCCGGUGCUGUCUCCAACCAAAUUGUAUACAAUACCAGUAGAGAGCACUCAGGAGUCUUUCAAGGUAAAUUUCAUCAGUUGCUUUAUUGAGCAAUUACAAAUUCACACAAUGUUCCAGUCAACGUUUCAGUCUGUAAAAGUCUUUUACAGACUGAAACGUCGACUGGAACGUUGUGUGAAUUUGUAAUUGCUCAAUAAAGCAACAGAUGAAAUUUACCUUGAUAUAUAUAUAUAUAUAUAUAAUGUAUGUAUAUAUAUCUCUAUCAGAUUGGCUUUACCACUAGCAAUUCAGUGAAAAAUAUGCGAGGAGCAAAAGAUUCAGUGAUAUUUUGUGAUUUUAUUUUUUUUAUUAAAGAAUUGUUUUUCUGAUAAAACAAGGCCCUUUUUGAGUUUAUAUAAUAACUAAUAAAGAAAUAGUACUAGUAACCAUUUUAGGAACCUGGCAGAGAUGCUCUCCGUAUGAACACAAAAUAGGAGGUAAUGUAACUGAUUAAAAAUAACACCUCUGCAUCAUUAAUCAUGUCUGAUGAGUUUGUAGUAAUAAAUCAAAGCAAAAUAAAAUAUGAAUUAUGAGAAGAAUCAAAUUUUCUUCAUGAUUUUGUUACCUGUCCUACCAAAUGCUAUUUUUCCCCAUAUUUGUUUAUUCGAAUAUGCAUAGAACCUACCUUUUUUUUUUUUUUUUAGGUGUCCCUGAUAAUGAUGCAAUAUUCAAAAAACCACGGGAAGUUCUACAUAGAAACACACGUUUCCAGAAAGACCCUUUCAGCCAAGCUCUUAGUAAAUCCCAGCUCCAGCAGGCAGCAGCUUUAAAUGCACAGGUACUUAGACUCCACCUCUCUCUCUGUCCUGUUUCUUACUCCUGUGGAAGUCUGAUGAACAGAUUUUCUUGCCCUUCUAUUUUUGAUUUUUUUUUUUUUUCCCUCCCUUUCCACCUUUUAAUUUGUUAUACAGCAGUGGACAAAGACCUUUGAUUGAGCAUUGGUGUUUUGGCCCACAAGGCAUAUUCUUUCCCUAGUGGGUUUCUUUCUCACCUGGAGCUCCAAUCAGUACUUGUCAGGACAAGCUGUCACCUAGCAUGCAGAAUAGUCACACAGGACUAAUGAUAUCAGGAAGUAUUACUUUACUGAGAGGGUAGUGGAUGCAUGGAAUAGCCUUCCAGCUGAAGUGGUAGUGGUUAACACAGUAAAGGAGUUUAGCAUGCGUGGGAUAGGCAUAAGGCUAUCCUAACUAUAAGAUAAGGCUAGGACUAAUGAAAGUAUUUAGAAAAUUGGGCAGACUAGAUGGGCUGAAUGGUUCUUAUCUGCCGUCACAUUCUAUGUUUCUAUAGGACAAGGAAAAUAGACAGACGUGUAUUAUUGGAUCUUUGGGCAUUAUAUAAAAAGUACAUAGAAUAAGAAAUGUCAAAAUAAAGCUAAAUAUCAGUGAUAACAAAAUCGAAAAACAAAACAAGCCAAUGGUCAGGAAUUCCAGAGUCAGAAUGGUAGAGACAAGCAGGGAUCAAUAAACAACCAAUAAAGGAACAAGCUCUCAGAUUGCCAAAAAGGAAACAAACAAGGUACUGAACUCAAGUAUUUGUAAGCCGGUGCCUUUUCUUUGAUAGCCAUGCCCCUAAAACUUGAAUAGACGACAGCAAUGAUGCAAUUUUGUGUUGAUGGUGUUACAAAGUGGGCGUGGUUUCAUGAUGUUUUAAAAAGGGGGGGGGGGGCUACAUCAUCUGGCAAAGGUAUCUGAGGGUGUAAAACAGAUGUGUUGCCUACUUAGGGAGGCAGGGGCACCUGGUGAGUUGCGUAGCGUGCAAGGGUGUGCUUUCUUACACUGCUCUAUGUAGGGAUAUCUUUGUAGAGAUCACUUUUUAACUCUGGAGAGUUGUCGCCAGGUGUGUGUGUGUGUGUGUUUCUCUAUCCCAUUUGCAGGGUUCAUUUGUAUCGCCACGUGAUGAAAAAAUAUUUAACUGCAAACAAAAAUAUAAUGGGACAAAAAAAAAACAAAUUACCCGGUUUCUGGUGGCUUGAGUGUGCAAACGUCAAGAGUACCUCAUGGGGAGGAGUAUUUACUAUAUAAUGUAUCACUGACAGCCUGUUUGUGAGACUUGGGUAAUUGUAUAGGUAGUAAAUUCUCUCAAAGGCAAUCUAUUGGGAAAUUUCAACGGUGGAUUCAUUAUAGAUUUUGCUGUAAAACAAUUUGGCAGGCUUUUUAAAGUAUCCAACAACGCUAACUUGACAAUAUUUCAACAUCUUAUUGUCUUUGUUAAGAUGUGUCAAUGGAGCAGGCUGCUACUUCGUUCCAGAUUUUAGUCAUUGUGACAUAUGGGUGACUGAAUAAGCAAAACAGACACACACAUGCAUAACUUGCCUCUCACUCACACACACGUAUCAAGGCACUCGCUCACCUUGCUAUUACUCCCUUUCAUGGGUAUACAUACAUAAGUAGGUUCUCAGACACUCACAAUACUCCAUUUAAUUGCCUACCCAUUAGAAGAGAGAAACGUGUUUAAAGAUUUUCAUCUGACCAUAUGCAUGUGGCAAACUACUUGAAUUGGAAAGUUUGUCACUAGGCUUGCAGACUAUGAGGUAAUGCUGUCAUUGUUACCAGAAAAGUGAUAAAUUAUUCAUUUUUGCUACUAACAGUGACAGCAUGGCAUUCAUACACCUUGGAAGGUUGGAUGAGUGCUGUGUCUAUCUAGGGUUUCAUUCUGAGAUAUAGGAGUUACCCCACUGUAAAACGAAUGAUGAUGAUGAAAAGAAAAUUUGAGUAUGAUACACAAUUUUGAAAAGUACCAUACAGGAACAAAAGUAUUAUCACAUUGACAAUAAUAUAUUUUUAUAUUUAGUACAAGCAGGGGAAAGUUGGUCCGGAUGGGAAGGAGCUAAUACCUCAAGAAUCUCCUAAAGUUAAUGGAUUUGGAUUUGUUGCCACACCUUCCCCUGUUCCAGGUAUGUAUAUAUGACAAUUUAUAUUUAUAAUAAGGAAACUUUGAAAAAAAUCAAAAUAUAUAAUCUCUUAGUGGCCUGUAGUGGGGGGAAUCGAACGGCAAACAUCUGCUUCAUUAGGCUUCAUUUUUACAUGUUCACAAAAGAUAGAAAGUGACAGUGCAUGGAGGGGAGAUUCCAUUUGCUCAUAUGAGCACUUAUUUAUAGGGUUGUAAUUUGGCAGGGACAUCUCCUAGUAUUACAACUUUCCAAACUGUUGGACACUAGGGUUUCUUCUUUAUAUAAAUGUUGACAUGGUGUGAAGCACUGUUAAUGCAGUGCAUCAUUAGGCUGGAGAGGAGCAAGCCUUGAACCUGCAUCCUAAUAAUAAUUUCUUUUACACAUUUCUAUGCCUGUAAUAAUAGUGCAAGUGAAAUACAUUUGUGUGAGAGUUUACUCACCUUAACAAUCUUCAAUCCUAAUUGUGGGCUUCAGGUAAAAUCAAGGUUAGGAAGUUCGGUUUCACAUUUCUUGAAGAAUGCUUUUAAUUUGGCUGUAUUGGUCUAAAAUUUGAAAUCCCUUUGUCAAUUCCCAAAUCUUCACAGUUUAGUGAAUAUUCCCAUCUAUGGAAUUUAUUCUCUAAACACUGAAUUAUAGGGAAUUGAAAACCAAAUUGCAAAAUUUAGUCUAAAAUAGCUGUGACUAUUGCUGUCUUUUCCAAAAUGUUCCAAAUUCUCUAUAUUUUGAUUUAUUUUGCAAUUUGUUUUUCAAUUAACUAUACUUUUGGUGUAAUUGUUGGCUCAUCUCACCUUGUCAAUCAAGUUAUAAAGCAAAGACUGUCCAUUCACAUUCAGGCUUUGUCACAUGGAAAGGAUAACCAUGAGAACAGUGAAUUUGAAAUACUUCCUACAUUUACAAUAUAAAGGACCAGUUUUUAGGUAGUUGAAAAUGAAUAUUAACAUGCAGCCAGAUUUUAAAAAAACAACUGACAGACUCUUGAAAUAGCCAGUGCUACUCUGGGAAAAGGAAGAACAAAACGAGAAGAGAAAAAGGUAUUUAGUUACCAAAGAUGACAAGCUGCAGAAAUAUACUGAGAUUUUGGCUAUAAUGCAAAAUGAAAUGUACAAGAUUCCAAAUCAUGUGCAUAUGUAAAUGGAAAGCUUUACAUCCUCCGAUAUACUAUACAAUGAUUAUUGAACACUGCUUCUUCAGAACUGUGAAACUACAACCCAUUGUAACAUAUCCAGAUAAUACUUGUUACAUUGUGUUUGGAGGUAUUAACUUCUAUACUAAUGCUCUAACAGAUGCAAUACAUUACACUUUAACAGGGCAUGUCAACAAAACAUUUGCAAAAUUCUUGUCAUUAAAGGGACACUAUAGUCACCAGAAGCUUAAUGUAGUUGUUCUGGUGAGUACAAUAGCUCCCUUCAGGAAUUUUCAUGUGAACACUGCCUUUUCAGAGAAAAGGCAGUGUUUACUUUGCCCCUAGGGACACCUCCAAGUGGUCACUCCUCAGAUGGGCUUCUUGGCUCAGGGCUGCAUAGUAAGCAGCUCUACCGUUCAGCGUCAUGGAGACACUGAAUUUUCCUCAUAGAGAUGCAUUUAUUCAAUGCAUCUCUAUGAGGAGGUCCUGAUUGGGAAAAAAAAACAGUGUCUGGCCCCGCCCCCUUACUGAUUUUAGCCAUUCCAAUGAUUGUGAUGUCACCAAGGGGGCGUAGCUAACAUGGCAGAUCCUUGGUGAGUUUUAGGGAUCAAGAAGGAAUUUUUUCCUAGUUUGUUGCAAAAUUGGAAGCGCUUCAGACUAGGUUUUUUGCCUUCUUUUGGAUCAACAGCAAAAACAUAUGUGAGGUGGUUAAGGGGGGGUUUAGCACUAUAGGGUCAGGCAUACAUGUUUGUGUUCCUGACCCUAUAGUGAUCCUUUAACAUUCUGGAGAUUUUUACAGAUUUUCAAUAAAAUGAAAGUGUUGUGCAAUGAGGAAUCAGAAAUAAAAUAAAACCUUCUUAAUGAUUCUGCAUCUUAAGAAAUUAGCAGUCAAUGUAAAACAUGUAAAUGAUUCCAAUAGAUUCUGUUAUUCCUUUUUAUCACAUAUGAACAUAUUUAAAAAAAUGUAACAUCAUCGUGCCACUUAAAAUUAUUUGUUAUGAUUUUUGGACAACGUUUGAUUAUUUCUUUUUUUUUUUUUUUUCUCUCUAUCUGUUCCUUUCCAUUACAGGAGUAAAUGACUCCCCUCUAAUGACAUGGGGAGAAGUUGAGAGUACUCCCUUCAGGCUUGAUGGGUCAGAAACCCCAUAUUUAGAGAAGACACCUGGUCCUUCAUUUAAGGUGACUAGUUGUAAAGCAAAGCACUGUUGGGGGAAAAAUGUAUUCACCCUCUUUUAAUUAUGUUAAAUUUGCAUAUGUUUAAGCCUUGUGCUUAUAUUACUGAUGUUACCUAGCAUUUUUAUUCGGCCAGCAAUGAAAUGUUUAUGUUCCUUCCAAGCUGAUAUUGGUUCUUUUUAAAUCUGUUUUAGAUUCUUGAGCCAGGACGAAGGGAACGUUUGGGACUUAAAAUGGCAACUGAGGCAGCAGCGAAGAACAGAGCAAAGAAGCAGGAAGCCUUACGGAAAGUGACAGAAAACCUGGCAAAGUGAGUACAUUACCCUUCUUUCAGCAGAAAUGGAGGCAAACAGGAAGGUGGAUAUUAAUUCAGAAUGUGUGAGACUGGCAGUGUGUAACUGUCGAGGUUAAUAACUAUAGUGACAAAUUGUUGGAAUCCCAAGUGAAUUUCAAAUUAGGGCAAAAUAGAAGUAUAGCUGAGGGUUUUGCCUUAAAUUUGAUAUUCAUUUUGGAUUCUUUUUUAUUUAAUAUCUUUUUAUUGUAAUUUUCUUCUGUAUACAAAAACAGUUAAAACAUCAGAUACAAUAUAUAUCCAAUAAGACAUACAGUCAUGCACUUGGUUGCAUAUAUUACAUUUAACAUUUCCAUCAACGAUCGCGGUGGUGGGGACUCACCUGGCAUCCCAGGGAGUCCACCUGCUGCCGAUCUGGCCCUACUGAGCCAUGUGAUCGCGAGGUCCUUGCGAGGACCUCACGAUCACAUGGACGGCAUAGCCGUCCACAGCAUUGCCAGAAGGGGGAGUGCCUGUAAUUACAGGUACUCCCCCUGCUGCCUGUAAAAUGUAAAAUAAAAAGUGAAAUACACAGUUUAAAAUUAAAUAAAUACUUAGAUCAUAUAUUUAUUAUAUAUAUAUGAUCUAAAUAUAUGUAAAAAAAAUAAUUUUUUAUAUAUAUAUAUAUAUAUAUAUACACACACACACACACACACACACACACACACACACACACACACUGUCUAAGUGUAUUUUAAUAUAUAUUAAUAUCAAAAUACACAUAGAAUGAUAUUGAUUUUAUAUAUAUAUAUAUAUAUAUAUAUAUAUAUAUAUAUAUAUAAAAUAAAUGAAUAUGUAAAAUACGUUAAAAAAUAAAAUAAUAAAAAAUAAAUAUAUAUGUGUAAUUUCGUUCUAACUGUAUUUUAAAAUGAUUGGUUAACAGAAUGGUGAGAGCACUCAAAAGGAUUAGAAUAAUAUUACCCAAAAUGAAGUCAACCUCUGAAAUUAAACAAAAAACAACAUAGGGUAAAAAGGUUUUAAAUAAAACACUUUUGAAAUUCUGUGUUGGUCUGACUCAAAUAAGUGGAGCCACUUAUAAAGCUGGCUCGGACUGCAUGCCUUGAAUGGAUCACUGAUUGGACUUUGGCUGGGUUCUUCCCAAAGCUGGAUAUGCUGUACCAUAUGGUGUAUUGUAUUUUAAAAUGAAUAUAUAUUGAUAUCAUAAUACACGUAGAACGAAAUAAUAUAUAUAUCUAUAUACAUAAGUAUAUAUAUAUUAAUAUAAUCUCAUUUAAAAAAAUUAUAUAUAUAGAAACUUAGAAUGUAACGGCAGAUAAGAACCAUUCAGCCCAUCUAGUCUGCCCAAUAAUACUUUUAAUUAGUCCCUGACCUUAUCUUAAGUCUAGGAUAGCCUUAUGACUAUCCCAUGCAUGUAUUUGUGUGUGAAUGUAUGUAGGUAGGUAUGUGUGUGUGUGUGUGUGUGUAUAUGAAUCCUUUUACAUAAUUAGGUCAUUUUUAUUCAUUACAAUUUGCGGGACCUGCCUGAUAACCCAUGCCAAAAGUCCAAGGAAUUUAAUUUGCUAGCACUAUAUUUAACCCUGUAAGUUUCCAAGACACCAUAAAACCUGUACAUGGGGGUGUACUGUUUUACUCGUAAGACUUCGCUGAAAACAAAUAUUAGUGUUUCAAAAGAGUAAAACAUAUCACAUCGAUGACAUUGUCAGUGAAAGUGACAUUUUUUGCAUUUUUCACACACAAAUGGCACUUACACUGACGAUAUAAUUGUUGUGAUACGUUUAACUGUUUUGAAACACUAAUAUUUGAGUUCAGCGAAGUCUCCCGAGUAUAACAGUACACCUCAUGUACAGGUUUUUUGGUGUUUUCAAAAGUGACGGUCAAAUAUAAGGCUUGCGUUUGUUUUUUCACAUUGAAUUUUUUUUUUAGUAGCCACUUAGUCACAAACACUGACCAAAAUUGGCAUUCAAAUUAGUUUUUUUGCAUUUUUCACACACAAAAAAAUAUUAACACUAAAUUUGGCCAGUGUUUGUGACCAAGUGGCUACUAAAAAAGACUGGACAUACUCCAUUUGCAAUACCUUGGGUUGUCUACUAUUGCAAAUGGUAUGCCAUCAUGGGGGUAAUUCUCAUUCCUGGGCUAUCAUACGGUCUCAAAAGCAACAUAACCAAUCUGGUGAAUUUCAAUGUGAAAAAAAUUUAAUAUGCUAUAUUUGACCCUGUAACUUCUCAAAACACCAUAAAACCUGUACAUAGUGGGUACUGUUUUACACGCGAGACAUCGCUGAAUACAAAUAUGUGUAUUUUAUUGCAGUAAAAGCAAACCGACAUUCACAGUUAAAAUGUCACAUAGAACUAAAAAAAAUUUAAAUUCUUAUUUUCUCCCAUUUUGAAAAAUAUUUUAUUCAUAUUAAAUUAUGUUUCAUACCUACAUAUUUGAUGUUAAAGGAAAGCUCUAUUUCCCCUGAAUAAAAUGAUAUAUAAUAAGUGUGGGUGCACAUAAGAUGAAAGAGGUGAAUUACGCCUGAACAGACAUAUAGCGCAAGGUUCUGUUUGUUUUGAUUACGUGUACAUUUGGCUCAGUCCUUAAGGGGUUAAACGUUUCAUUAUAUUUCUUUCUUUCUAUAUAUGUCUCAACUACUUCUGGUCAUCUAGCACUAGUGUCACAAGGUUAAAUAUCAGUUAUAUUCAUGCCUUUUUUUAUAUCUAGACCAAGGUAGCCAUUCUCAUUUUGGAUUCUUAACAAUUCUCACAGUAGUGAACAACCCUGUAUAUCUAGUUGGAGCAGUGUAUAGUGUCAACUGUGUGCUUGGCAUUGUGUAUCUCUUUCUUCAAAUUAUUGGUUUAUAUGUUUUGUAUGUGUAUGUCAGAAAGGGGCACCAAGAUUUCUGAUCAUUUGAAAAUAAGUGCAAGCCAGUACAGAAUGCUUAACCGGGCUUUAGAAACCUGGAUGAUCGAAAUGCCUCUCUGCUCUCUGUUUGUGGUGUGGUGAGUGUCUAAAGUGUAAUAUUACUAGUAAAAGGUGCGUAGGGUUUGAAGGGACAGUGCCAUUUAAUUCGUCUUAAAUGUGUUUCAUUAGUUUGAGUGUGUUUACAAUUUAGUUUGAUAAUGUGAUCUUGUGCAGAAUGACUCCCUUAUUUAUUUAUUUUUAUUUUUUAACAGCCUGACACCCAAAGGACUCAACCCAUCAUUAUCACCUGCAUUGCAACGCUUAGUGAACAGGACUUCAAGUAAAUACACUGACAAGGCUCUGAGAGCCAGUUAUACACCGUCCCCUGCACACACAGGCACUCCAUCCUAUAAAACUCCUAGAGGUCUUGGCAACACACCAAACAUUACACCCACCACAAGAACAGAUUCCCAAACCCCAGUAGUUCCUGAUCCCACCUCCAUUACAGAUGAUUUGCUACAUCUUCCGAAACGACGGAAAGCAUCAGACUUCUUCUGA